AUGUUCCGCGUGCCCUCGUCCAGCUCGCCUGGCACGCCAAUCGCCGCUUCAUCCUCAACUCUGCAAGCCUCAUCACCUCCCGCCAGUGAAGGGGAUAGCGACGGCAUGUGCUCGUCGCCGCAUCCCGCUUCUUCGAGUCCCUCCGUCUCUCGGCUCUCACGCGAGUCGCCUGUGUCGGAUUCCUGGUCAGACCCUAUCAACUCGGUCGAGAUGGGCCGUAGUCCAUCGCCGCCUCCGCGCUUGCGCCGUCGUCAAUCCUCUGAGCAAGAUGAGGUCCGCAAUAUCAUGGAGUUGUCCGAGGAGGAGGAUAACGAGGAACUGGGUGACGAACACUCUACUACCGAGGCCGAGGCAUACGAUUAUGAUCACGAUAACAUCGAGGACGUGAUGAACGUUCCCGGCAAGGUAGCUCCUCCUCAACGGCCCCUAGAUCUUCGCCGCGUCUCGCUGGGCGGACGGAAACCCACUCCAGAGGACAUUCAUCAGCUCGAGAUUCGCCGUGCCGAGUUAGAGCACGAGUUGCAGGAAGAGCGUGCUAAGCAUGAGCGUAUGAUGGCUGGAGUCUCGGACGACAAUGGACUGAUUGUGGACGGGGUUGACCACGACGGUGCGGUCCCUGCGGAGGAAUUGGAUUCCAUUUUGGACAGCGGGAAGGAUGGGUGGCUCACCGAGGGACAAGCCGCAGUCUCGUCAGACGAUGCCAUCACCGAGCCAUGCACCUCCCCUCCAACUAAUCUCCCUGUUCCCCCAUUUAACACCCCUACCAGCUCUAACGUCGUUACCACCCCGGGCGGAAAGCACAUACAGUUCGCCCUGCAAUCCACCGUCCACGACACGCCCUUCACCAAAACCCUCAACUACUUCAAGCAGUUCAAAGGAAAGGAGAACUCGCCUUCGAAAUCGCGCCGAAACGCCUCGCUCCCAGAGGAGAUUGCUGAGCUCGCGAAGGAGGCGCAAGAGGAGGAGGAGGGGAGUGAGGAUCUCGAGAUGUAUAGAGAGAUGGACCUCGCGCCUAUGGACCCGGUCGUUGAGACGAGUUCGGCUGGGGAUCUGAUUAUGCUGGGUACGCCGACGAAGCCUGUCGUUAAUGCACAUGAGAGCGAGGUACGCAGCUCUCUAGAUCGGAUGCUGGCGGCAAAAUCUCCGGCAGACGAAGAGGAAGAAAACGGAGAAGGGAAAGAGGACGCUGCGGGACACAGAUACAUCUCAAAUAUUUCAAGGGAGCAUUUCGAGGGCAACAAGUCACCCCCGACAAUUGCUUGCGGCCUUGGCUCGCCUGAGGACUUCAAGAACAUGAUUCCCCAGAUAUUCAACGGGCACCUGAAGUCUGAGCGCAACAACAAGUAUGAGCUACCGUCUUCGGCAACAGAUACUCAGGAAGGAGAGAGCGCCACUCAGUUCCUCAAAGCCGAGGCAGUGUCUGCAUUCACAAAUGAGGAGCGCAUUAAGAUGCAGGAGGAAAUUGAACACAUCGACGAGAGCUUGCGCAAGGGACAUUUACUCGGGAAGGACGACUUUGAGAGAAUUGCCGGACCUUGCGGACCUUCUUUCGGAGCUCCGCCGGCCAAGCCAACGCCCUCAGCAACGGGCGAGGAGGACGCGCGUAAGAAACAGCUCAUCUUAUACCAGGAGGACCCUGUCUUCAUCAAGGUUAUCGCGAUGCUUCCGGCGGCCAUGUUCUGGGCUGUCGCCCAGCCGCUUGCGAAGUACUCCGGCAAGGCUUUCGACAAGGUUGUGGAGAAGCUGACGGGGUUGUCGUUGCAAUAGGCUGGCGAGACUGGCCGACACGGUAGGAUAGAUGGCAGUUGGCGG